AUGGACAAAGAAGAAUAUGACGAGAGUAAUAACCAUGUAGAACAAUUCGACGAAGAAAAAGAAGAAGACAACAAUCAUGAUGAUGAAUCUCGAGAUAACUUAAGUGAAGAUGAUUCUUCAGAAGAAGAUGAAGAAGAUAAUCCAGAAGAAAUUCAAAAAAUUCAAGAAGGUUUUAUAAAUGAUGAAGAUGAAGAAGAACAAGAAGAAGUUUCAAAAAGAAAGAAAAGAAGAAAAAGAAAUAGAGAAAAAUCUCAAGAGGAUGAUAAUGAUGACGCAUUAGAUCAAGAUGAUUUAGAAUUAUUAUUAGAAAAUACUGGUCAAAGAUCUUCUUCAAAUAAAUUAAAAAGAUUAAAAAGAAGAGCAGAUUCAGAACAAGUAGAAUCUGAUCAAGAAGGUGAUAAUGGAAUUGAAAGAAGACCUGCUAAUUUACAAGAUAUUUUCUCUGAUGAAUCAGAAACUGAACCAAAUAUGUUGGAUGAAUUUGAGGAUUUUAUUGAAGAAGAUGUAUUAUCUGAUGAUGAAGCAAAUAGACAAAGAGAAGUUAGAAAGAAAAAGACAAAAUUAGAUACUUCAAAAUUAUCAAGUGAAGAUAAACGUGCAUUAUCUGAAUUAUUUGAAAUUUUUGGUGAUGGUUCAGAAUAUCAAUGGGCUUUAGAAGCUCAAGAUGUUGAUGAUGUUACUGGUGAAAAUAAUGAUGCUCCGCAAUUAGAUUCUGUUUUUGAACAUGCUGAAUUAAAAGAAAGAAUGUUGACAGAUGAAGAUAAUUUAAUUAGAAUUAUAGAUAUACCUGAAAGAUAUCAAAAAUAUCGUGGUGCUUUAACUUAUAUUGAUUUAAAUUAUGAUGAUUUAAAACAAGAAAAAGAUUGGAUUGGUGAUAUAUUAUAUCAAGAAAAACGAAAUUUAUACCCAAGUGAUUUAGAAUUACCAUUUAAAGAAGCUGUUGGUAAUGUUGUUGAAUUUAUAUCUCAACAAUCUUUAGAAGUUCCAUUUAUUUGGUCUCAUCGUCGUGAUUUUUUACUUUAUUCACAACUGAUUCAACGUCCAGAUGGUCAAUAUGAAUCUAAAUUACAUAAAUUAUUAUAUGAAGAUGAUUUAUGGAGAAUUGUACAAUUGGAUAUUGAAUUCCAUUCAUUUUAUGAAAAAAGAAUAAAUACUGAAAAAUUAAUAGAUUCAUUAGGAAUUGAUGAUGAUUUAACUAAGGAUAUAAAAAGUUUAAAUUCAAUGGUUGCUAUACAAGAUUUAUAUGAUUAUAUACAAUUUACAUAUUCAAAACAAAUUCGUCAUGCUGCAAAUAAUGAAACUGAAACAUUGGAAUCAAAAGGUAAAAAACAUUCUAAAUUUGCUAUAUUUGAAAGAAUCAAGGACAAUAUUUUAUAUGAAGCUGUUAGAGCAUUUGGUAUAACUGCAAAACAAUUUGGUGAGAAUGUUCAAGAUCAAAGUUCACAAAAUUUUGAAGUUCCUUAUAGAAUUCAUGCAACUGAUGAUACUUAUGAAAAACCAAAUGAAUUAAUUGAAAGAUUAUUAGACGAUGUUGAAGUAAUUUUUAAAGAUUUGAAAACUGCAAAAGAUGCAAUUAGAAGAACAUUUGCUGAAGAAAUUUUUCAUAAUCCAAAAAUAAGACAAGAAGUUAGAAAAAUUUAUAAACAAUUUGCUUCAAUAAGUGUUGCAGUUACUGAAAAGGGUAAAAUUGCAAUCGAUGAUCAUAGUCCAUUUGCUGAUAUAAAAUAUGCAAUAAACAGAGAACCAAUAGAUUUAAUAAGUCGUCCAGAUGUUUUAUUAAGAAUGUUGGAAGCUGAAAAACAAGGUUUAGCUGUUAUUAAAGUUGAUGUAUCACAUUAUGAUGGUUGGUAUAAAUCAGUUUUAGCUUGUUUAAAAUCUGAUGGUUCUUCAAGUAUAUCAGAUGAAUGGAAUAAAGAAAGAGAAGUAGUUUUAAAAAUGGCAUUAAAAAAAUUAUGUGGUGUUGUUGCAUUAAAUACUAAAGAAGAUUUACGUCGAGAAUGUGAAAGAUUAAUUGCAGCUGAUGUUCGUAAAGGUUUUAUGGUUAAAGUUGAUCAAGCCCCAUAUACCCCAAUUGGUUAUGAUAAAGGUACAAAACCAAAUGUUUUAGUUUUAACAUUUGGUAAAGGUGAAUUUGAUAGUGCUGUAGUCGGUGUAAUGAUUAAAGAUUCUGGUAAAGUACAAGAUUUUUUCAAAUCCGAUUCAAAUCCUACAAGAUAUGGUGAAGAACCAAAAUAUAAUUUUAUUAAUAAUUUAAAAGAAUAUUUUGAUAAAACUUUAAAAGAAAAACCUGAUGUGAUUGUAAUUGCUGGUUUCAAUGCAAAUAGUAAAAAAUUAUUUGAUAUAAUUCAACAAUUUAUUAAAGAAGAAAAUUUAUUGGUUACACCUCCUGAAGGUGUUACAAUAGAUCCAAGAACAAUUCCAAUAAUUUGGGGUGAAGAUGAAACUGCAAGAUUAUUUCAAAAUUCAGAAAGAGCAAUUACUGAAUUUGCUGAUAAAUCAACUUUAGUACGAUAUGCAAUUGGUGUUGGUAGAUAUAUUCAAAAUCCAUUAUUAGAAUAUGUUGCUCUAGGUGAAGAUAUAUUAUCAUUAUCAUUCCAUCAUCAUCAAAAAUUGAUAUCAGAUGAUUUAGUUAAAGAUGCAAUUGAAUCUGUCUUUGUUGAUAUUGUAAAUAUGGUUGGUGUUGAAAUAAAUUUAGCUGCAAUUGAUCCAUAUUAUGCACAAUUAUUACCAUAUAUUGCUGGUUUAGGCCCACGUAAAGCUUCAGGUUUAUUAAGAAGCAUAAAUACAAAUUUAGGUUCAUAUUUAGCUACAAGAAGUGAUUUAAUUGAAAAUGAAUUAACUACACUGUGUGUUUUCAUGAAUUGUUCAUCAUUUUUAAUAAUCCCCAAUGAAGAAAAUUCAAAUGUUGCAAAUACUGAAAUUUUAGAUGGUACAAGAAUACAUCCUGAAGAUUAUGCAUUAGCUAAAAAAAUGGCUGCUGAUGCAUUAGAUUUAGAUGAAGAAGAUGUUAGAGAUAUGGAUAAAAAUGAAUCAUCAGUUAUAAAUCAAUUAAUAAAUUCAAAUGUUAAUAAAAUUGAUGAAUUAGAUUUAAUUGCUUAUGGUCAUAGUUUAGAACAACAACAUGGUCAAAAGAAAUAUGCUACUUUACAAAUGAUAAAAGAAGAAUUGGUUAAUAAUUAUGAGGAAUUAAGAAGACCUUUCCAUGUUUUAGAAGAACAUGAAGUAUUUUAUUUAUUAACUGGUGAAUCUCCUGAAACAUUUGCUAUUGGAACUGUUGUACCAAUUACAAUUUUUAAAGUUGAAAAAAAUCAAUGGGAUCCACAAGCACAACCUAAAAAAGUAUAUGUUAAAACUCCAUCUUUAAUAACUGGUAUGAUUGAAGGUAAAUAUAUUCCAAGAAAUAUGGAAUUGGAAGUUCAAGAAGUUGCACAAGCUGCUGUUCAAUGGAUACAAGUACAUGAUUUCACUGCUGGUUUUAGUUUACAACCAAGAGAAAUUAAGAAUGCAUCAAUUAAAAGAUUUCCUAGGGAUAAAGAAAAAUGGGAUAUUAAUGCAGAAUUAGAAGAUACCAAUAAAGAAAAAGAAAAAGAAAGACAACAAAGGGCAAAAAUUAGAAAUAUUCAACAUCCAUUAUAUCAUAAUUUUAAUUUUAAACAAGCGGAAGAAUAUUUAGCACCUCAACCAGUUGGUGAUUGUAUUAUUCGUCCAUCUUCAAAAGGUUCUGAAUUUUUAACAAUUACAUGGAAAGUUGGAUUAAAUUUAUUUCAACAUUUAUUAGUUGAAGAAAUUAGAAAUAAGAAUCUUAAAGAAUAUAAAGUUAACGGUAAAACUUAUACUGAUUUAGAUGAAUUGAUUUUUAAACAUAUACAAGCAACAGCUAAAAAAGUUGAAGAAAUGGCAUCUCAUUCUAAAUUUAAACAUGGUGCUUUAGGUGAAGUUAAUGAUUGGUUAGAAUCAUAUACAAAAGCAAAUCCAAGAUCUUCAGCUUAUGUAUUUUGUUAUGAUCAUAAACAUCCAGGAAGUUUCUUAUUGUUAUUUAAAGUUAAUAUGAAUGCAAAAAUUGGUGUUUGGCAUGUUUCAACUGGUCCCGAUGGUUUCAUGUUAAAACUUCAUAAGUAUUCAGAUAUGAUGUCAUUAUGUAAUGGAUUUAAAAGUUUAGCAAGAGCAGAGGCUUCAAAGAAUCAAAAUUCAAGAAUGUCAUAUUGA